AUGUGUUGUCCACCAACCCUGGACAGCAUAGUGCCCUCGUAUGACACAUGUCCCUCCGGCAAGGAUCAAACAGCCCCGCUUCACGCAAUAGGUCAAUCACUCUCACACAAUGUGAAUGGUCUACAUGCUUCUCUGGCAUGCCCCCCCUCGGCUCCUGUGCCCUCCUGGCUCCCUAUUCUCGGCGGUAACCCUCACUACAGUCUGCAAUGA